GUAUUGAAACAACAAACUGCUGACUGCUGCAGUGCUUACGCAGUGAACAGCGAAUCGAAGGGGUGCAACAGGGGAUACGAAAGCGACAAGCUUCACUCAGCCAGUCGCCACAACUAUAACCUCCAGCCAUGGAUCCCUCUCUGACAAUCGGGGGUUUCUUCAACACACUGUAUGAGAUGGGCUUCACAGAGACUCAGAUACAGGCUGCUGUGAAGGCCGGUCACUUCAGCGUUCCCGCGGCAGCCGAGUGGUUGCUACAGGGCAGAGAUCAAAGAUGCAAACUUGGGACGCAGCCCUUCCAGCCACUCGGGACAGCAAUCUCAGCAUUUAACCCUCCGAAAAAACAAGAAAUACAUAGCAGUGCAAGCAUGUCCCAACAGGCAGGCACGGCCAGGGAGGGAGCAUCGAACACAGAAAACCAAGGCACUGAUCAGCCCUCUUCUUCCUCCUCUGAGCCUCCACCACUGGGAUCCAGGAUCAAGCAGGAUAAGAAAGGCUUUGAAGACCAGCUGAGGGACCAAGUGGCCCAGGAGGUGCAGGCUGAGAAGAGGAUGAAAAAGAAGGAGCACGAGCUUGUCCUAAAGAGAAUCGCAGAUGAUCGUAGGAGCUUGCAGGAGAAAUCUCAGCCCAGCGGGCAUUCUGAUACAUCUGCUCAGCAGGGGCAGAGGUUAGGGGGCAAGGUCCAGACUUCCAUGGACAACCACUGCAUCCUCAUGCUCCGCCUGCCGUCAGGAGAGUCAAUGCGGGAGCGCUUCCCAGCUGAGGCCUCGCUGCGGAGUGUGAUGCAGCACAUCUCUGAGCGCUACCCGUCACUGUCCAGCUUCUCCCUGGUCCAGGGCUUCCCAAGGAAGAGAUUCGGAGAGGCCGAGCUGGCCUGCUCUCUGCGGGCCCUAGGCCUGACCCCCAACGCUGCCCUGUGCAUCCAGAACACCCCCCUGGAACCUGCAGAGACACCCGCAGAGACCCCUGAAGCGAGUAGCCCAGACAAGCCUGAAGAUCGCCCCAGACUCCCCCGUCCCCCUGCCAUGAGCCACAGUUGGGGGCCAGGGGAGUUUCUGAGGGGCAUGGGGGCAGGAAGCGAGCAAGAAGGGGGGAUAAAUCGGGAGGCAGAGGAGCCGCCACCCUCACCACCCCAGCCCCCUACGCUCCCAUCCCCCCUUCUGGAGGCGGCCAUAGUGAAUGCUGGAAUACACAGUGGCUGGCAGCCACUUUCGAUGCAGUCUCACCGCUGGGGAAAAGGUCAGAAGUUGGUCCCGGGGGAUGUGGAGGAGAGCUCAAGCUCUGAAGAUGAAGAGGAGCACUCGGAGGAAGACAGUGGAGACGAAGAACUAUUCAUGCCCGGUUUGCCACAGCUGCCGUUCAUUCCAGGGAACAGACAGGGUGCAGUGUUUGUACCUCAGUACCACUGGCCAGACCAAGGAAACCGACUGAGGGAAGGUGCGGAGGGGGGUGCAGGGCAGGGGCGGGAGCUGCCAGUGGCGGCAGCUCAGGCGGCUGUGGAGCGCCUCCAGCGGGCGGAACUGCAGGAAGACCCCCAGAGCAGCUCAGGCCAGCCCUCCCCACCGAAGAGACCCUUUAGAACACCCAGCGUGCCUUCACUCUGCUGCAUGUCCACCCGCGCCACUGCCGCCCUCAUGACCACCCCCAGUAUGCAGUACACCAGCAGCCUGGCCUGCCUCACCCCUGAGCUGGCUGAGCACAUGCUGGCCCACAUGGCGAGGGAGAGGCUGCUCCGCCCACGCACCCUCGAACUCUUUUUCGGUUGCCAAGUCCAGAAGUUUGUCCUUAACUGCUACCCGUACACCACCAACGAGCUGCUCAGACAACUGCGUGCCUUCCAGACCCUGAAACAUCUCAGCCUUGUCUCCUCCUCACUAAUAACAGAUUCAGGUCUGACGGUCUUGGCCAGCCUCCAGAAACUGCAGCACCUCAACCUGGCAGCCUGCUCUAAGCUCACUGAUAACUGCCUGCAGUACAUCAAAGGUCUAAAAAGUCUCUCCUUCUUGUCGCUGGACCAGACCAAAGUAAGCGACGCGGGGAUGGUGAUAUUCCUGGAAUCUGCCCCCUCGUCACUCAUUCAACUCAGUUUGAAUCAGACAGGCAUUACUGAGAAGACCCUGGCCAUGCUGCCCUCCAGUGUUCCUCAACUCAAACUGCUCAGUAUCAAACAGACCAAGAUUUGUGAUGUGUCUACCCUGAAGGAGCUGAGGUGUCUGCACACGCUGCACCUCGACAGCACCUGCGUGUCUGAGAACUCACUGCAGCACCUGGCGGCCCAUCCUGCACUGUCCUCGCUCAGCCUAGCAGGGAUCCCUGUCGCCAACGGCAACAAAGUUCUCCAGAUCAUCUCGGGUUUACGGCUGAAUCACCUGACCCUCCCCGGGCGACAGUCUGUGACGGACAGCGGUCUGGAGUUCCUGUCACAGCUGGUGCUACUCACAGAGCUGGAUCUGACAGACUACACACAGGUCACCAACCAGGGCGUCUGUCACCUCGCUGGCAUGAGCAGGUUGAAGAAGCUGUCACUCAGUAACACUCUGGUGACGGAUGAAGGCCUGGUAUCCCUGCAGAGUCUCCAGGAGCUGGUGGAGCUGUGCCUGGACCGGACCACUGUCACCAGCAAAGGGGUGGCCCGCUGCGUCACCUGCCUGCCACACCUCCAGGUGCUGGGGCUGGCCAGUACGCAGGUGGGAGAUAAUGUGGUUCGGCUGGGGCUGGUCCACUGUAAACAGCUGCUGAAGAUCAACUUGAGCCGCACCCGUAUCACUGACAAAGGUCUGAAGUACCUCCGUCCAAUGAGACUGAAUCAGGUGAACCUGGACAACACUGGUGUUACCCUCUCAGGAAUAGCCAAUCUGAUUUCUUCCUGCCCUGACAUCAUCAAUAUCCGGGCGAGCAAUUUACGGGCCCUUCCACAUGACGAGGUCUCCGAUGAGGAAGCCGCUUCCUGAGGGGUCAGGGUCACAGGAAGUGGACUGGCAGCAGGCCCUCAGACAUCCAUGUGUGAUGUUGCCUGUCUGGGACGAGCGGCUGAUCCUGCUCUAACAAUUAACUUGUAAAAUGGACACCUUUUGAAAGGGCCGGCACAUGGAGACUUGCAGUGCACUAAACUGGUCUGGUUGUGAAUGGCAAGCAGGAGUAUCCAGUGUCCAGAAUCUGGGUAGGCACAGUAGUGCACCAACUAACUAGUUCUACUGGUGGAAACAUUUUUCAGCUUAAGCAGUUUAACUAUGGGAACAAGCCACUAAUGCCAGCCCCUUGUGUUUUUUGGUUUUCAUGAUCUUUGCCUGUCCUCAAGAGCUUGUCUUACAGCAUUUGUAUGGGCUCACAAUUUGAAAGAGCCAUGCUGGUAUGGUGCAGCAUCUAUAGAGAACCCUGCUUGCUCACAAUCAUAACUACAGAGCCCAGGAGAGGACAUGAGAGAAAAAAUAUUUAUCUCGUGGCCACUGAGUUUUCUUACUGUAAGCCAUGCACACGAGUCAUGGGUAUGUGGAAGCCAAGGUAUAUAUAUAUUUUUCUCAUGUCCCCUCUCGGGGCAGCAUUCAUAACUGCAACCUUUUCAUGCUUUCUUAAGUACAGUAUGUAGGCAGAGGGAAAUCCAUCAGUUCAUUCAUAUUUACGGCUUAAAUCUUAAAGCUGGACAUUUUGUACAGCAGAACAACAUUCGUCAUCUGUUUUAGUAACCAAGGUUUUGUUUUUACUAUUGAUAGUCAAACAGGAUGUGGUUUAUGCCGAUUCUUAAGCCAGAUCUUUGACAGAGCAGGACCAGUAGGGAUUGCUAGCAUUGUUGUCAAAGGUCCAGUUACAUUGCAUACAAACCAGCCACCAUUGCAGAGACAGCUUGUGUAUAUACUGUUUGAAAAUGCACUAUACAGUAGUGUUAUACUUGUACCACUUAAUUCUGAUUCUAAUAACUGUAGUAUAUUUGAAUGGGAUUGUUUGCCUGGCAUAGUUGACAUCCAAUAGUCAAAUGCUGGAAUUGUUUAUUCUUAUUUAAAAAAAAAACCAAACAAUUCUGACAUUUAUGGACACCCCUACAUUUAUAUAUAUAUAUAUAUAUAUAUAUAUAUAU